AUGUGGCUCGCGGGCGGCGGCGGGGCUCUCGGGCUGGCGCUGCUGGUGGCGGCCGUGGCGGUGCGGAACGGUGGCGCCGCCAAGGCGGGCGAGGGGCUCGUGACGUGCGGGUCGGUGCUGAAGCUGUUCAACACGCAGCACCGGGUGCGGCUCCAUUCCCACGACAUCAAAUACGGAUCCGGCAGCCGCCAGCAGUCGGUGACCGGCGUGGACGCAUCGGAUGACGCCAACAGCUACUGGAGGAUCCGCGGAGGAGCGGACGGCGGGUGCCCACGCGGGGCCCCAGUGCGCUGCGGGCAGGCGGUGCGGCUGACACACGUGCUCACCGGCAAGAACCUGCACACACACCACUUCUCGUCUCCGCUGUCCAACAACCAGGAGGUGAGCGCCUUUGGCGAAGAUGGCGAGGGCGAUGACCUGGACCUGUGGACCGUCCGCUGCUCGGGGCAGCACUGGGAGCGGAAGGCCUCUGUGCGUUUCCAGCAUGUGGGCACCUCCGUUUUCCUGUCAGUCACCGGGGAACAGUAUGGGAGCCCCAUCCAUGGGCAGCAAGAGGUGCACGGCAUGCCCAGUGCCAACGCACACAACACCUGGAAGGCCAUGGAAGGCAUCUUCAUCAAGCCCAGCCCGGAGCCCUCUGCAGGUCACGAUGAACUCUGAGCCUGGGGGCCUCGGCGGAUGCAGGGAACAGGGCAGAGGGCCACAGAGCCACUCUUGGUACAGACUGUGGGUUUGAGGGAGUUCUCAAGUGCCUUGAUUAAAGAAGACCCGUCAAUGUG